UGUUGUAUUACUACUCCACAGGAAACUGUUGUGCUGAAAGGAAGAAUUAACUGGUCUUUCAACUUCAGCCUUUUUAUUGUGAGAGGGGAGAUCACAGAAGUGUUACCAUGGGGAGAACAGCAGCUAAAGAUUCAAAGAAUAUUAAAAAAGAGAAAGAUGGAAAGGAUCAGCAGGCAAACAACCCGUCUUUACAAAGUGAACUGUUUAAUUGGGAUGAUUAUCUGAAAGAGACUGAAUCAGUAGCUGCCCCUCUACAUUGUUUCAGACAGUCUAGAGUUCCACCUACGAAUGAUUUCAAAGUUGGCAUGAAACUGGAAGCCCAUGAUCCUCGCAAUGUUACCUCAGUUUGUAUAGCUACAGUAAUUGGAAUUACCGGUGCCAGGCUAAGGUUGCGGCUGGAUGGAAGUGACAACAAAAAUGAUUUUUGGAGGCUUGUGGAUUCCUCGGACAUACAGCCCAUUGGGACCUGCGAAAAGAAAGGGGGCAUGCUCCAGCCUCCGCUUGGGUUUCAGAUGAAUGCGUCUUCUUGGCCAAUGUUUCUCUUAAGAACUCUCAAUGGAGCUGAAAUGGCACCUGCAGCGUUCUUUAAGAAGGAACCACCAAAACCUGUGCCAAACUGCUUUAAAGUUGGAAUGAAACUUGAAGCUAUAGAUAGAAAGAACCCAUACUUGAUUUGCCCAGCAACCAUUGGAGAUGUUAAAGGAGAUGAAGUUUUUGUUACCUUUGAUGGCUGGAGAGGAGCAUUUGACUAUUGGUGCAGAUGUGAUUCUCGAGAUAUUUUCCCAGUCGGAUGGUGUAGCUUGACAGGAGAUGCAUUACAACCACCAGGGAACAAUGUUUCCAUUACAAAGAGCAGUGCAAAAAUCCAAUCUUCCCCUUCCAAAGUGACCCGGCGUUCAAUGCAGUCUCCACAGAAAUCUGCUCCAGUACCAGCGCAGCGGGGCAGGAAACCAGGUCGGGGCAAACCCCCUGGACAGUCUGCAGUUCCCAAGAAGGGCAGGUCUAAAAAUAUUCCCCUGACAAAAAGCACCUCUCAUACUGAAAGUCUUAAAACAAGGAAAAAAAGUUUAAAACCUGGAAAAAAGAAAAAAAAAUUGCCGGAACAACUGACUCCUGCAUCUCCUUCUCCUCAUUCUUCUCCUGAGGGGGACAGUGGCACUACACAGAUACUUAAAGAUGGAAUUAGUUUGUCUGGUGCAACUGCAGCAGUUAUAUCCACAGUGUGUGUUUAUGUCAACAAGCAUGGAAAUUCUGGGCCUCACUUGGAUAAGAAGAAGGUUCAGCAGCUUCCAGAUCACUUUGGACCAGGUCCUGUCAAUGUGGUACUUCAGCAGGCUGUACAGGCUUGCGUGGAUUGUGCCUAUCAAUCCAAAACAGUCUUUGGAUUUCUGAAAUCUGGCCAUCACGGAGGGGAAAUGAUAACUGCUUCCUUUGAUGGGGAAAAGCACGCCAUCAAUCUUCCUUCUGUAAACAGCGCAUCAUUUGUCCUACGUUUCUUGGAGAAACUCUGCCACAGCCUGCAGUGUGAUAAUCUCUUUAGUAGCCAGCCUUUCAGUCCUUACAUGGGAUGUGCACAUAGUCCUACGGAGUAUGAUAGGAACAAACCAGCAAAAGAAGAAAUACCUGAAAACAGGAGUGCUAAACGAUACUCUCAGGACUCUCCACCAUAUACUGCUCCUCUUUCCCCUAAGCUUCCCAGAAAUGAUGCUCAUCCAUCUGAAGCAGAAACAUUACCUAUGGAAGAAAACAGCACUCCCAAAGAACACAGAUUUUCUGAAGACUCUAUGGAUUCUGCACUUAGUUCUGUAAAUCCUUCAAGCCUGACCCGUCGAAAUUCCACGGAAUAUUGUACUUCAGGGAGUGCAGCAUAUUACAGAAAUUCCCUUCAGCUAGUGACUGCUACCUCAAAUUCAGCCCCAGUCCUGCGCAGGCUGUCCUUGAGCUCUGCUGGGAGCAGCGGGUACUAUGAAGUUAGUAGGAAUCGAAUACAGAGGCGGAUUGAAGCUGCAAGUUCCACAACUGGACCAGAUCUGAAUUCACUAAAGAGGGAGCCUUCAAGAAUAUUGAAUAAGGAUCCUUCCACCUGGUCAAUAGAGGAAGUAAUGCGUUUUGUGAAAGAAGCUGAUCCACAGGCACUAGCUCCACAUGCCGAACUCUUUAGGAGACAUGAAAUUGAUGGGAAGGCACUACUCUUACUGAGGAGUGAUAUGAUAAUGAAAUACAUGGGACUGAAGCUGGGGCCAGCCCUAAAGUUGUGCUACCACAUUGAGAGACUUAAACAAGGAAAGUACUAGCCAGUGGGGAUACUGCAAAUAUGUGUGUUCAUAUCACACUAAGCUCUCAGGUUCACAGCCAUCGCCUUUAUUUGAAACUAUUUUGCUGAUAUAGAUCUUCUUUAUUUUUGAAAGUGCUCUCAAAAUGUAAAAAAGACAUUCAGGAUAAAGAGGCAGGGGGGAAAAUGUGUAUUACAUUCUAGUAUUUUGCAAACUGUUUCAGAAAGUUUGCAGGG